CAGGCAGUUGCAGGAGGCCAUGAGCCCAAUGUGCGGUCCACGACGAUCAGCUCUCACAGACCCUCAGUUUUGACAGUGCGGUCCAGGACGAUCAGCUCUCACAAACCCUCAGUUUUGACAGUGGCUCACCAGCAGCCAGCACUCCUCCUUGUAAGGACAGUAUAGACACUGCAGAAAUUGGACCAAGAAAAGCUCAGGCUCAUCGGCACCCAGUGACCGACGACGAGGAGGAACCAGCGGCCGGCGAGAGGCAAACCGCAAUGGCGAUGAGGAGCACGACGGCGAGGGCUAUCCCGCUGUGCCUAUGGCUCGCGCUCGGCGUGGCCACCCUGACGCUGCCCCAGGCACAUGCAGCAGAGGCAGACGCGGACCUCACCAAGAUCACCAGCAAGGUCUUCUUCGACAUCCAGAUCGACGGCAAGCCCGAAGGCCGGAUUGUCAUUGGACUCUUUGGGAAGACUGUUCCCAAGACAGCAGAGAACUUCAGAGCACUUAGCACAGGGGAGAAAGGAAUAGGUGCUUAUGGCGAACCUCUGUGGUACAAGGGAUCCACAUUCCACAGGAUCAUCCCAGGCUUCAUGAUUCAAGGAGGCGAUUUCGUAAACCACAACGGAACAGGCGUUGAUUCCAUCUAUGGCAAAGACGUCUGGCCUGACGAGAACUUCAAGCUCAACCACGCCGAAGCUGGUACCGUAUCCAUGGCCAAUUACGGGAAAGAUACAAACGCAGGCCAGUUUGCCAUCACCACCGUAGAAGGAAGCAAGUUACCGAAGAAAUUAGAUGGGCUGCAUGUUGUGUUCGGCAAGGUGGUGAGUGGAAUGGAUGUGGUCCACAAGAUUGAAGCUCAAGGCCAGCCGAGUGGUGUGCCCAAGGCCAAAGUCCUCAUAGCUGACAGCGGAGAGCUGCCCGGAUCUGAUGAGCUGUGACCAUCCAUUUUGAUGGAAACUAACAUCUGUUAGCAAAGCAAGUGCGGUUGUUUUUCAGCGUAGAAUUGUGACCACCGUGGUCUUUUUUUUAUUUGGUUGGAGCCCCAGUGUUUAUGUUGAAUACAAGAGCGUAGUGAUCUCUUCUUUAAUUUA